AUGAGUGAUCUGCAUUUUCAUGUCAAUGAGGUACCGAGUCCUCCGUCUAUUAUGCUUUUUGGUCUACAACAAAUGAUGAUUUGUCUGUCAUCUCUACUGGUAAUCCCUUACGUUGUAUCAGAUAUGCUAUGUGCGGGUGAUCAAGCUCUUCAGAUACGUGUACAAUUGAUCUCAGCCACUUUUGUCACAUCGGGUAUUGCUACAAUUUUGCAGACGACAUUUGGGAUGCGUCUCUCGAUCCUACACGGUCCCUCGUUCGCCUUCCUUCCUGCCCUGCACACAUUCCAGGCGACGUUCCCGUGUAAUGCAGAUACCAAUACAAACAAUUGGGAAGAGAAAAUGCAAAUGAUCUCCGGAAGCUGCCUGAUCGCUGUGCUCAUAAUGCCCAUCCUAGGAUUCACGGGUCUCGUCGGAAAGAUUUCCAAAUACAUCGGACCAGUUACAAUCGUCCCAAUUAUGAGCUUGCUCACAAUUGGCACUGUGCCAGAUAUUGAGGAAAAAAUGUCUCUACAUUGGAUCUCGAUUGUUGAAUUCCUAACUCUCAUCCUUUUCGUGGUAAUUUUGGAACGAUAUGAAGUUCCACUUCCAGUGUUCUCACUAUCUGAAAAAAGAUUCAAAUUCACUCGUCAGAAGAUUUUCAGCCAAUUCCCGUAUCUUCUUGGAAUUUCUAUCGUCUGGUUCAUCUGUUUCAUCAUGACCAUAACCAAUGCGGAGCCACGUGGCGGAGAAGCCAGAACAGAUCAGAAUGCAUCCAUCACAGUUUUCGAUCAGACCCCAUGGGUUCAAAUGCCAAUGCCUCUAUUCUUUGGACCACCUAAGUUCAACUUGGCAUUGGUCUGUGGAUUCAUGGCUUCGUGUUUUGCCGCCAUGAUUGAGAGUAUCGGGGAUUACAAUCUCUGCGCCAAGAUCUCCAAGCAGUCUCGUCCACCACAAUCCAACACCAAUCGUGCAUUCGUGGUUGAAGGCGUCGGAUGUAUUCUGGCGGCACUCUGGGGAGUUGGAACUGGAGUUACUACUUAUGCCGAGAAUAUUGCUAUCAUGUCCGUGACGAAGGUCACCUCGCGUAUCACCAUGCAAAUGGCUGGAGUCCUACUUAUUUUGGCUGGAGUCAUUUCGAAAUUCGCCGCAUUCUUAUCAAUGAUCCCUGAACCUAUCAUCGGAGGACUUUUGGCAAUGGGUGUCUGCCUAAUUAAUGGAGUGUCCUUGAGCAAUCUACAAACCGUUGAUAUGAAGAUAUCCAGGAAUUUGACAAUUAUUGGAAUUUCGAUCAUUAUGGGAUUGACAGUGGCCACACAUUUUGAGAAGACUCCAUUGAACACCGGAAACCAAAUAGUUGAUGACGUCUUUGGAACUCUCCUAACAAUCCGAAUGCUGAUCGGAGGGGUGAUUGCAUUCACCCUUGACAAUAUAACCGGUGGAGCUACACGACGACAACGUGGAUUUGUUUCUGAAAUGGACGAUGAGGAGCAGGAUCCAGAAAAAGGAGAAUCGGAUAUUGAAACCAAUGGAUAUGUGCUUCCAUCGAAAUUGAACCAAUUCUUCCUGAGAUACUCAUGGCUUACCUAUCUGCCAGUGAUACCAUCGGAACGGGAAAUUCGUGAAAUCGAGGAGAAGAGAAACAAGUUCAAGAUUAUUGAAGAGAAGAUUGAGAAAGCAUAA